CCAGAUGGUAGCAGGUUCGCAGCCAGACGCUUGCGUCACUUCCAGGCUAGGCAAGCACGCUGCAGGCAUCGCGUCGAGGGUCUAGUGCCAGCCACAGCUCGCGAGGGGAGUGUUUGGACAAGGAAAGAAGACCGCUGACGCAGUCGCUAUGGUUCCACCGCUACCCUUCUUUCGUCCCGCCGAGAUGUUUCUAGAGACCGAGUGGGACAGCGACCUCGAGCAUCCUCCGAACGCACCACCUGUUCCCCAGCAUCUGCAGGCGCUGGUCGGGUACCACAGGUCGCAGGCUGUUCCUCCGAACAAACCACGUGUUCCCCAGAAGCCGGGAUUUAUGGCCGCCGACGGCAAGUCUCUGACUGGGCCCCUGCAGCUCGAGCCGGAAGAGUGGCCGACGCCUGAGGAGGCAGCCACCAUGGAGAGGCUGGACCAAAUGCUGCGAGCUCCCAGACCGCUGUUUCGGCCGGCGCCCAGAGUGAUUCUGUACCAGCAAGAAGAGGGGACGGGAGCGGCUGCGCCGCUGGACCUGGGCGAGUGGCCAACUCCCCAAGCGGCCGGUCUGUGUGUUGAGGAGCAGCCGCCAGCGGCAGCGCAGGACACCACGCCACGGCCCGUGCGGCUGAUGUCUGAACUUUUUGCGCCUCGCACUGCGACAGAAAACUCGGAGGACCCUUGUAGAAAACUUGAGGACUCGCCUAUUCAGUGCAGCGAAGAUGAGCACACUGUCAGCUCAGAGUCCAGAGGAGAAACCACAUGAACUGGAAACGGAAGCGAGCGCUGGAGGUGAUAGUGGUAGACUCUAGCGAUGGACAUAGAAUACCUACGGACCUCACGCAGGGCUGGAGAUUGACCAGAAGAAAAUUUGUCACCAUUUCAUGACGCUGUCGUCACAGACAGCCACCACUGUCCAGUUCUCAUAAACGCUCUGCUAAAAUGUGGGAAGUGAGAAGUUUUAUGCUUUUGAUGGAACCAGUCGGGUGCUUUUGACAUGUCGUUUUUAAUAAAUAUUGUGAAGCAGUGA